AUGGAGAAGCAAGAAGCUAAAAGGCUUGGCCAUCGGUUGGUGCUUGUAGUAUAUCCAUUCCAAGGCCACAUAAAUCCCAUGCUUCAACUUGCCACAAUCCUAUACUCCAAGGGCUUUUCAAUCACCAUAGCACACCCUCAAUUCAACUCUCCCAACCAUGAAAAUCAUCCUGAAUUUCACUUUGUAUCAAUACCAGAUGGCUUGUCUAAAACCAAUUUCUCACCUUCAAAUUUCAUGGCUGCGAUAUCGGCUCUUAAUAGUAAUUGUGAAGCUCCAUUUCAACAAUACAUGGAGGAGAUGAUGAAAGUAGAGGAUCCACAUGAUCGGGUUGCCGGUGUUGUUUAUGAUGGGUUCAUGCACUUUGCUCAAGUUGUGGCUAUCAAUUUGAAACUUCCUGGGAUUAAUGUGCGUACAAGUGCAGCUGCCACCUUGCUUUUGUUUGCAGUCUUUCCUGAUGCUCAUCAUGAGAAAGGCUAUAUUUCCUUUCCAGAAAGUCUGGCUCAAGCCCCAGUGCCUGAGCUUCAGUCCCUUGAUCUUAAGGGCAUACUAGGAUCCACAGAAAUCCCAACUCCUAUAUUGGAGCUGAGAGCCACAGUGACAGAUACAACAAAAAAAGCCUCAGCAAUAAUAGUGAACACGGUGCACUUCCUUGAACAACAAACACUGACAAAGGUUCAAGAACAUUUCCCAUCUCCAGUUUUUUCCUUAGGCCCUUUCCAUAAACUAGCUCCAUCUGCCUCUAGUUCACUGCUGAAGGAAGAUUCUAGUUGCAUUUCCUGGCUUGACAAACAAGCUCCCAAGUCUGUCAUUUGUAUAAGCUUUGGCAGCAUGGUAAGCAUGGAUGAGAAAGAGCUGGUAGAGAUGGCUUGGGGCUUAGCCAACAGUGAGCAACCUUUCUUGUGGGUCGUUAGACCUGGUUCAGUUCGCGGGUUGGAAUGGAUUGAGCUAUUGCCAGAAAGUUUUAAAGAAAGAGUAGAAGGAAGAGGUUGCAUUGUGAAAUGGGCACCCCAAAAGGAAGUUUUGGCACAUGGUGCAGUGGGAGGGUUUUGGAGCCAUUGUGGUUGGAAUUCAACACUGGAAAGUGUUUGUGAAGGAGUUCCAAUGCUAUGUCGACCCUAUUUUGGGGACCAAGGUUUGAGUGCAAAGUAUGUGUGUAGUGUAUGGAAGGUAGGCUUGGAAUUGGAGGGUGAUUUGGAGAGAGGGAAAAUAGAAAGAGCUAUAAGAAGAUUAAUGGUGGAAACUGAAGGGGUGGAGAUAAGACAGAGAGCAAAGGAUUUAAAGCACAAAGCUGAGCUUUGCCUGAGUGAGGAUGGUUCAACAUACAAUGCCUUGAAUGAAUUGGCACAGCAUAUAUUGUCAUUCGGAUGAUGGAGGAUGAGGCCAAAUUGCAACUCAAAUUGAUAUGUAUUAUGUACACUCAUAUUUCUUUUUUAAUUAUUUGCAUAAUGCAGCCUCUUCAGCUUGCAUUUGAAACUAUGAUUGUAGAGCUUGGUAGUAAUUGAUACAUUGAUAACUUCAUGAUCUGAAAAUGCUUAACGAUACUUCAUGGAUCAUAUUGGUAGUGGUACUA